AUGACGACUCUUUCAGACCACUCGCAUCUUCACAACACAUCUAGUCCAAAUUCACCUACAGUGACUACGCAUACGUUUGAUAAUUCCGAUUUGCAUGACGACAUUAGCGCGCCUUCCAAAUCCGGUCUCAAGAAACCCAAUGAUUCCGACACUACUACGGUAGCGGUACCAACUGCAGAACAGCCACCGGGCGUAAACGCAGGCCCUGUCGCGCCUGCUACGGGUCAACCGGUCAAUAUUGAGAGCACACCAGUGGAAGAUGACCCUCGCCAAUGGUCACGGCAUAGAAAGCUCGUCAUCUUGGCCAUUAUCUCCUUUGCCGCGCUAGCUCCAACGACUGGCGCAUUCAUCUACCAACCCGCAAUCCAACUGGUCGAGCGUGAUCUACAUGCUACAACAAGCGAGAUUGCCCUCAGUCUCUCGCUCUUCAUUCUCGUCCAGGGCAAUGCUCCGCUAGCAUGGUCCUCCAUUAGCGAAAUCAAAGGAAGAAGAUUCGUCUACAUUAUUGCUAUGAUUAUUUUCAUUGUUGGCUCUGCGGUUGGAGGUGCUUCGAAGCAGAUGCCUGUGCUCAUCUGUAUGCGCAUGCUACAAGCUGCAGGCUCGAGUGCCGUCUUGAGCUUGGGUGCUGGGACUCUAGCAGAUAUAUACGCACCACAUGAACGUGGUAGCAUGCUUGGAAUAUACUAUGCUGCACCAUUGUUAGGUCCAUCUCUAGGGCCAGUCGUUGGAGGUGCACUCUCCCAAGCAUGGAGUUGGCGAGCCACGUUCUACUUCCUCACAAUUAUCGGCGUCGUUGUCCUUAUCUCUAUGUUCAUGUUCAGGGACACCUUUCGACAAGAACGAAGCCUAACAUACCAGUCAGCAAAGCGCCAUGCGAUCCGUCGUGCAGAGGCCAAACUUGCACAGAGUGGCUCUGUCGAUGCGAUGGAAAAGGCGACCCAGAUACGUGUCGAUCCAUCCACUAUCCGGGUGACACUUGUAGAUCUGAACCCUUUCAAACCCAUCUGGAAUAUCCUCAGAAGGAAGAAUAAUCUCGCCAUCCUUCUUCCAUCCGCUCUUCUAUUUGCUUUUCAAUACAGCAUUUGCUUUACUGCUGCACGGACCUUUGCAGCUGCUCCGUACCACUACGAUCCACUCAAGAUUGGCCUCAUUCUCCUAUCAUUUGGUUUUGGUAAUAUGUGCGGAAGCGUCCUGGGAGGAAGAUGGUCAGACCAUACCUUUGCUAAACUCAAGGAAAAGAACAACGGCCAAGGAUGGCCAGAGAUGCGCCUUAACAGCACCAAACCAGUGAUGAUCAUCCUUCCUCCGACCAUUCUUGCCUUUGCUUGGACAUGCCAGAAGCACACGCAUAUUGCAGGUCCAGUGGUGUCUUUAUUCUUCGCUGGAUUUGCUGUCCUAUUCAUCUACAGUAGCACACUAGCAUAUGUUGUUGACGCCAACGCCGGCCGUUCCACUGCUGCUGUUGCCUCAAAUAGCUCCGCUCGUGGUAUCUCUGGGCUCAUCGCCGCAGAGAUUGCUGCGCCCAUUCAGGACGCAAUCGGAGACGGAGGAUUGUACUCAAUAUGGGCUGGGCUUGUCAUCGUCAUGGAGCUUAUGAUUCUCCUCGUCAUCUGGAGAGGAAAGCGCUGGAGGGAGGAGGCAGAAAGGCAGGAACAAGCUGGUCAAACCAUUAGUGGCUCGGCCACCCCAAUAGGACCAAAUUCACGUCUCGUUGCCAAAUAA